AUGGCCAAUCAGGGAGGCGGUGGAGGAGCAACUAUGUACCAUGGUUUAGAUCGCUUUCAAAGGAACAACCCACCUACCUUCAAAGGGGGUUAUGAUCCUGAGGGUGUUGAGGCUUGGCUGAGGGAGAUUGAGAAGAUUUUUUGGGUGACGGAAUGUCAGGACCAUCAGAAGGUGUUGUUUGCUACUCACAUGCUAGCAUAUGAGGUGGAGUAUUGGUGGGAGAACACUCGCCCACGUUUGGAGGGAGCAGGUGGUGCUGUUGUCCCAUGGGAGACCUUCAAACAGACUUUUCUGGAGAAGUAUUUUCCAGAAGAUGUGAAGAAUAGGAAGGAGAUGGAGUUCCUUGAGCUAAAACAAGGGAGUAUGAUGGUGGCAGAGUAUGCAGUGAAGUUUGAGAACCUUGUAAGGUAUUUUCCUCAUUAUCAGGGGGAAGCUAGGGAGAGGUCCAAAUGCGUGAAAUUUGUCAAUGGCCUCCAACCAGAAGUAAAGAUGAUGGUAAAUUAUCACGGUAUUCACAACUUUGCACAGUUGACCAACAUGUGUAGAAUCUUUGAUGAAGAUCAGCGGGAGAAGGCUGCUUUUUACAAGAAUGCCAAUGCUAGUCAUGGGAAAGAGAAGAAGCCCGUGACUCACAGUCGUGCUAAGCCAUAUUCUGCCCCUCCCGGGAAAUAUGGAAACCAUUCUAGGGGACAAAUGACUAGUGGAGGACAUCACCAAGCUGGUGGGAGUUCUCAGUCAGUUAACAGAGUGUCUCAGCCUGUUGGUAGAGGUGGUGGUGGUGCUCCUGCUACACCUACUACGCCAACUCGAUGUGCUAAGUGUGGUAGGAUGGGUCAUUUUGCUCGUGAGUGCCCAGAUAGUGACGUGACUUGUUUCAACUGCCGAGGUAAGGGCCACCUCAGUACCAGUUGCCCACAUCCGAGGAGGGAGAAAAUGAGUGGAAGUCUGAAUAACCAGAACGGACAACCAAGGACCACAAGGAGAGUGUUUGCUUUUAGUGGUGUUGAUGUCGCACAGUCUGAUGAUCUCAUUCAAGGUGAUAUGUUUUUGUCUGCUAACCAAGUUGAGGCAUCUUUAAGGGAGGAUGCACAUGUAUACAUGAUCUUAGCUAGUAUGAGUGUUGAGACCAAAACCCCUGUGAGUGAUAUACCAUUGGUGAGAGAGUUUCCAGAGGUGUUUGAGGAAGUGUUAGGAUUACCACCUGAGAGAGAGGUCGAGUUCUCGAUAGACCUAGUGCCCGGUACUGAACCCAUAUCCAUAGCACCUUAUAGGAUGUCCCCUGUAGAGUUGAGUGAGCUUAAGAAACAAUUAGAGGAACUCUUAGAGAAACAGUUUGUGAGGCCUAGUGUGUCACCCUAG